GGUCGCCAUCCGUUGAUGGUCUGUGGCCGCCAUUAAAUUUACGUGUUUUGGUGUUUACGUAGGUGCAUUUUUUUAAAUUAAUCGUGUCGUUAAGUACCCAAGAAUUAUAAAUUGCAAGUCUUCAGGAUGCCAAAUCCGAGAGCAAAUCGAUCAAAAAGGCAAACAAACCGAAUCUUGCAUAAACAGGUAAAUGCAGCAAUGCUUGAAAUCAAACAAUCCGCAGCUAGUCGUAACAAUAUUUGUGUUGCUACUGAGCCCCAUAAGAAUAAACCAUUGAAGAUUUCAACCCCACAUCAUGACGAUGAUAUCGUUUGUAUCGAAGUUCCUACCGAAGAUGCAGGCCGUAAUGAAUUAGUCAGUAAUAUCGAUAGUUUCGAUGAAUCUUCUCUCGAUGAUAAUGCAUUUGAGGAUAUUAUGGAAGUAAAUGAGACUGAGUUUUCGGUGAAUGAUUCAAUAAAUGAAAUGCAAACUUUAGAUGAAAAAUUGAGGGUGUGGAGCACAGAAGAAAAUGUACCUCAUUCUACAUUUAGAAAACUCCUAGAAAUUCUUAAAUCAGAAAAUGAUAUAAAUGCAUUUAAAAAUCUACCAAGAGAUCCCCGCACCCUAUUGAACACACCAAGAAAAGUAUUGGUGAAGACAUUAGAUAAUGGAAGUUUCUAUUAUUUUGGCAUCUCGGACACUUUAAAUAAUUUGUUAUUGCAAUUAAAAUAUACUAUACCAGUUAACACACCGCUAAUUGAAAUAAUAGUUAACAUUGAUGGAUUACCAUUAACAUCUAGUUCAAACAGUUCAUUAUGGCCAAUAUUAAUUAAAAUAGAUUCCUUAUUACAUAUUAAAAAUUAUGUUGUAAUGGUGGCUGUUUUUCAUGGAUAUUCAAAACCUUCUUCAGCCAACGAGUUCUUGAAAGACUUUAUUGAUGAAGCAGUGAAUUUAUCAAAUAAAGGUAUUUUUCUUUCUGGGAACAAUUAUCCUUUUCGAAUCAAAAUGCUGGUUUGUGAUGCCCCUGCUAAAUCAUAUGUUUUGAAUGUCAAAGGACAUACUGCAGAAACUGGCUGCACCAAAUGCUAUCAAACUGCUGAAAGAAUUAACAAUGUAAUGUGUUUUCCAUGGACAGCUAAGCGGAAUUUACGGAGUGAUUAUGAAUUUAGGAAUUGCUCUCAAGAUAAUCAUCAUCAGGGUACGACUUUGUUCACAAGUUUACCAAAAUUUGACUUAAUCAAAGAUGUGCCUCUUGACUACAUGCACUUAGUAUGUUUAGGUGUAAUGAAGAGGUUACUAUGUCAUAAAAAUUUUGGUUGGAUUCAAGGAACUUUUUUACACAAACUUUCUGCAACUCAGCAAGGUGAAAUAUCGAAAAAUCUUAAAGAUUGUAAUAAUUUUAUUGUAUGUGAAUUUUCUAAUAGAAAAGCUAGAUCUUUACAACAUUGUGCACGUUUUAAAGCUGUAGAGUUUAGAUUGUUAUUAUUAUAUACAGGACCUGUUGUAUUUAAGAAAUUUCUCAAACCUGAUUAUUAUUAUAAUUUUUUAAAUCUGUAUAUUGCAAUGCGAAUAUUGAAUAGUGAGGAUUAUGGUACAUCUACAGAUAUGUUGGUAUAUGCAAAAGCUCUUUUGGAUGCCUUUGUUAAGGACAGCGGAAGAAUAUAUGGCCCUGAUUUUAUAUCAUUUAAUGUUCAUAAUCUUCUUCAUUUAGUAGAUGAUGCUGAAAGAUUUGGGCCUGUACAUAAUUUUUCAGCUUUUGAUUUCGAAAAUUAUAUGCAGAUACUUAAAAAGUUAGUAAGGAAACAAGAUAAACUUAUUCAGCAAAUAGUUAAGCUAGUGCCGGAACAUUGGGUGUUCGAUGAUGACAACACCAUAUGCCAUUUUCCACCUGUCAAAGGUUUUAGACUUUAUGAAAUUAUUAAAAGUGGCACUUCUCCAAAAGAGGAUUGGAAGGUGUAUGAUGUCAAUAUGUUAGCAAAAUAUGAUGAUUUUACAUAUGCCCAAACACAAUGUGAAGCAGCUAGAAAUGGGAAGAAAAUUUUCAGCCAAAAAACAAAGACAAUGCUUGAUGGCAUGGAUGGAAAAGGACAGAGAAUACGUAAACCUAAUACAAAAUUUAGUGAGUUUAUGAACAUUAAUACAGAUGACGAAGAAUUAAAUACUAAUAUAACAUUUCCAACAUUUAAAGGAUCUAAUCCGAAAGAGUGCAAACAAAAUACAGCAGAUAACAAUAAAGUAACAGAGAAUGUCCCAGAGGAUUUCUAUACAGAAAGUGAUAAUGUAUUGGAACCCUAUACAGCACAGAGUGAAACUAGUGAAACUUCACAUCAUUCCAAUAUAAUGGAUAAUAUAUAUCUAGAUUCAAAAAAUGAAGAGUUUCAGCGUAAAGUUAUGAGAAAUCAGUAUGCUCUUCAGCAUAAAUUAAAUGACUUGGAACGUGUAAUAUCGGAAUCUGCAAAUAUAAGAAAAUCAAACAUUAACCAAGUAACAGAUGAGGAAUCCGAACAGGUUCUUUCUAUUUGGAAAUUAUUUCCACUUGAUAGCGUACAAGCCUUGGAAGACGUGGAAAAUUCUUUAGCGGACCAACAGCUGCAACAACAUUUGGCUCUGAAGUUUUCAUUGGUAGGAGGAGAAACGGCAAAAGAUAUAACACGAAGAAUAUUAUAUUUAAUGUUAACAAAUGAUGUGGCAAAACUGUAUAGUUUUGACGGAGCAAAAGGAAAAUUAAAAUUUAAAUCUUUGAAACUGUAUCAUUUGUUAUUAGCAUCAAUUCGGAAGAAUCAAAAAACGCAUGACGCAACAGAAAGCGACAUACUACCAGAAACCAGGCAGUGGCUGGCACAAGCAAAAUUUAGGAAACAAAAAUAAUUUUAUACUUUAUUUUUGUUUUAAAUACUUACAAAAUAAAAUCCAUUUUAUUGAAA